GCUCCAAACACGUCAAGAGACGUCAAAAAUAAAAUUCCAGCUAUCGGUGAUUCCAUUAAAAAGGUCGCAACACAGUUGCUCGACAAACCCAAUAAAACAGUAGAAGUACCAGUCGUCCCUGAUACUAGAAUACCACCCAAAGUUAAGACUCAAUUCGUUCAAAAACUAAAAGUCAAAACUCGCAAUGAAGACGCUGAUGUGAUUUUAGAAAAUUCACAUACAGGUAUUGCUGUACCUGUGACAAUGGAAGAGCUGGAAUUGGAAAACAAAGAUUUAACGAAUGAAUCUUCGACAACAAAAGAAGGUAUAUCUACUUGGAUUUUAUUAAGCAAUCCUACAAAUGUCGAUAAUAAUUCAGCUUCCACAGAACCGACUCAAGCUGAAGAAGCUCAAAAGAAACAAAAACCUACAGCACCUAAAAACAAAAAUAAACGACCCCAAAAUAAAACACCGGUAGUUAAGCGACCUAUAAUUGGAAGCACGAAUAAAGCUGAUUUAGUAGCGGGUGGCUCAGCUAUAAAUGAAAACGUUUAUAAUAAAAUUAAGGAUACAGUAUUGUCAAAUGUGCAGAAACAUAAAAAUGCACCAUCUCGUACAACUAUACUUACCACUACUACUACCACUACCACUCCUGCACCUUCAACUGAAGCACCUACUACUAAAGCAACAGUUUCCAUACCCAUCAUUAAGGUAACAUCAAAGCCUAAAAAGACCAAUAAAAAUAAACUAAAGACAAGUACGACAACUACGACGACGACAACUAUCAAGCCUAUACCAGUUGUUAGUGAAUCUGCUGUUCUACCAAUGGAGGCAAAGGAACAAGAAAUCGAACUAGAAAUCAGUACACCAGCUACGACAACGAAAAAACCAAAAAGAACUUCAAACAGAAAGAAAACCAAAACAAAGAAACGUAAAACAUCAAAACCUAAGCCUGAAGUUUCAACCGCAGUAUCUACAGAUGUUAAAACCGCUAAUAAGACAAAAACAAAUAAACACUCAAAGAAACCCGCUUCCAGUGUGGGACCAUUCACUUCGCAAAUAUACAAUUAUUUCUCAAGAGAAGUGAUGCCAUCGGUAGGCGUUGGUGUCAUAGGAUUAGCUGGAUUGGUUGGAUUAGCUAGCUAUUUCUUGUAUCCAUUUGCUAGUCCCGUUAGGAGAACAAUUGAAGUUGACAAGAAAGAUGAUAUUUAUAGACAUAAUGCUGAAGAAUAUGCAAGUGAAGGUAACGGCCAGCCUGAAGAAGAAAUGCUCGGAACAGUUCUCGCUGGAAUGCCUGUUCACGCAAAACAAAAACUUAAUCCAUAUGCGGGUCAAAUGGCUUACGUGAACAGAUAUCCCGUGAAGAAUGAACAGGAUUUACGGUAUCGUCACGUUGCUAAUAAUUAUGAUACAAAUCAUAACACUCGUUACCCUCAACAAAAGACAGGAAUAGCACAUGGAGCUGUAUAUCCGGAUCCUUACAACUAUAAUCGCUAUCAAUAUGAAACACGACACGCUUAUACAACAGAGAAAAAAUACGAAAAAGCGCAGAGUUACAGCCCAUAUCCAGCAGUUGAACCAAUUUAUGCGGCUCCUGAAGCUGAAUCUAGCGGUAUAUCGUCGUAUGGGAAUGAUGCAUCAAGUGCUGUUGUUUAUGGUAUGAAACCAUCUGAAGACUCAGAUUUCAGGCCAGUUUAUCCAUAUGAAACUCAAUACCAGAGUGAAACGACAAGCAAUCCUAACGUGGCAACUUAUUCUCCUACAUCUAUGUACUUGGGUUCGAACGAUGGUCGUGAGGAUGAAGAAAUUAAUAAUGGCAAAUAUUCUGAUGAAAAUAACGGUGACAACGAAGUGGUAGAUAAUAAAUUUGUUGUAGGAAACGUACCAAAAGAAUUAACAGAAUCCGCAACGCCUGUUGUAGUACCCGAACAUGGUCCCAGAAAGCUGAGCAGGAAACGGAGAAAUACUCGUCAUAAACGAAGUGUUGUAGGAUCACUUGAAGAUAUACUGAAAGGUGCUAGAGAAAAUAAAGAGAAUGAAAUAUUCAUAAGUAAUGAGAUCGACGAUAGUUUAAAUACUCCUAUGAGGCGACCCAUUCUAAUGGAAAUAAUGCAAUCUAAAAACGAACAAACGACACCUGAAAAUAAAGAAGUAUUUACUGUUUAUGCAAUAUCAGUUGAUCCUACUAAAGAAUAUCCUCAAGCUGAAUCGACUAGCACAUUAAAAAACGAAGUGAUUGAGAGCGUUUCUACUGUACCAUUAGAUAACAAAAAGGAAAACACAGGUGAAAGCGAAAUGUCAAAUGAAGUAGACGCAACAACUGAAACCUUUAAAGUAUACGAAGUAUUCCCUACAAGUAAAUCUGAAGUAACAGACAAGAGCAGUCCUUUGAUAAAUGACAACAAUAAUUCUAAAACAGAUUCAACAACACAGGUGAAAAAUAUGAAUACUGAAACAACAACUGAGCUGAGAUCAGAAACGACAUCAACAAUGCCUCCUUCACCCCCACCUGUAUCAAUUAUGACCAGUAUGAGACCGAGACCUCCAUACAGACCAGAAGUAAUAACAUAUCCUCCUUUGUCCAACAACGGAGGUGGUGGAAUUUUUGAUUUUCUUAAAAGAAUCGUCGAAUUCAAAUAUAGACUCGGUUUAAGUAUUUUACAAAGUACAUCAGAAUCUCUUAAUAGAUAUUUACGUAGCUUAGACGAUACAAACUCCAAAAGAUCUGAAUAAGACUUCAUUAUCAUAGAAUUUAUGACAAAACAAAUUUGUAAUAUCAUCUGUUAAUGAAUUUAUUACUUAGUAUUAAAUUAACAGAUUUGUUUGUAAGACUAAAUAUAUUUUAUAGUAAUAAAUCACGCAAAUGCAUUUUAUAUUUUAUAGUUAGUAUAUUUUCAGAAUGUUAUCCUCGAUUGUAAAUCAUUGAGGGGAGCCUGCUGAAUUUAUAUUGUGAUAUCGAAUUUAAUUUAUAAGGAUUUUAAUUUUGUAACCGGAACACCGAACUCUCGAACUUUUUAUAUUUUGUAUACCUAAUGUUAAAAAUAUUAUUAUAAAGAGAAUUAAACAUUUUCUUUCAUAUCGAUAUGAGUUUAUUAUGUGUAAAUAUUAAAUAUACGUAGAUUAUAAUUA